UUGGGCGCCAUGGACGCCUUCACUCGCUUCACCAACCAGACCCAAGGCCGGGACCGACUCUUCAGAGCCACUCAGUACACAUGCAUGUUGCUUAGAUAUUUGUUAGAGCCUAAAGCUGGCAAAGAGAAGGUGGUAAUGAAGCUCAAGGAACUGGAGUCCAGUGUGAGCACUGGCCGUAAAUGGUUCAGACUAGGAAAUGUGGUACAUGCUGUCCAGGCGACUCAGCAGAGCAUUCACGCCACAGAUCUGGUACCCCGCUUAUGCCUGACUUUAUCCAACUUAAACCGUGUGAUUUAUUUCAUCUGUGACACCAUCCUCUGGGUGAGAAGUGUAGGGCUUGCUUCUGGCAUCAACAAAGAGAAAUGGCGAAUGUGGGCUGCCCGCCACUACUACUAUUCUCUCCUGCUGAGCUUGGUCAGAGAUCUGUAUGAAAUCUCCUUGAAAAUGGAACAGAUUGCACAUGACAGAGCAAAGAAGAAGAAAUCGUCAUUUCAGAAUCCUCCUGAGCACAGUGUGGCUGAUGAGGAAACAGAAUGGCUUCAGUCCUUUCUUCUUCUCUUAUUCCGAUCCCUGAGGUCACAUCCUCCCUUGCUUCUGGACACGGUGAAGAACCUUGGUGAUAUCCUGAACCCUUUGAACCAACUGGGAAUCUAUAAAUCCAAUGCUGGUGUCAUUGGACUGGGAGGCCUGAUAUCUUCUAUAGCAGGCAUCAUCAUUGUGGCUUAUCCUCAGAUGAAGCUCAAGAUCCGUUAA